AGAUCAUUUUCCAGAGAUGGAUUGGCAAGGGCAGAAAUUGGCGGAGCAGAUAAUGCAGAUCCUGCUCUUGAUCGCGGCCGUUGUGGCGUUCGUUGUUGGUUACGCGACGGCGUCGUUUAGGACGAUGAUGUUGAUCUACGCCGGAGGUGUUGCACUCACGACUCUGAUCACCGUACCAAGUUGGCCGUUCUUCAACCGUCAUCCUCUCAAGUGGUUGGAUCCAAGUGAAGCCGAGAAGCAUCCUAAACCGCAAGUCGUUGUUAGCUCGAAGAAGAAAUCCUCUAAAAAGUAGCGAUUUUUUUGAAUACUCUCUUUUGGCCUUGGUAUUAAGACAUGUUCUGGAUUUGUUAUUAAAAGCUUGAUAAGUCAAAUGAAAUAAAUUUUGAAUGAUUCUCGCCA